AUGACCGCGGGUCCCACCCCCGUCAGGCAACUUGCCGCGGCCCAGCAGGCGGCGGCCUGCGUCGAGUUCCAGGCGCCGCCGGCAUGGCGCAAGAAGGGCGACGGAUGCAUGCGCUGCGGGCAGCCGCCCAGCGAACACGCCGGCACCGGCGGGAAGCAGCCGAAGAGCGAGAAGAAGAAGGUGGAGAAGGAGAAGAAGGUGGAGAAAGACAAAGAGGUGAAGAAGGUCGAUAGGGACAAGCCCAAAGAGAGCGUUCUAUCGAAGCUGCCGGCCAAGGUCCAACCGUCGGACCUGUCGGGCGUGGCGCUGAAGCCCAUCUCCGCGCGUUCGGCGCUGCCGCUCCCGCCCAGCCGCGGCUCGUCGUCGCCGUCGCUCUCCAGCCCCGGCGGCGGCCAGCUGUCAUCGUCGCCCGGCGGCCUUCCGCCAUCGACCCUCUCGGCCGGCUCCCCCACGGUCCCCACCAAGGCGCGUACCUACACCGAAUCGAGCACCACCUCGGCGCCCAACACGCCCAUCUCGCCCCGCAUGCGCGGCAACUCCAACCCGUUCCUGGCCAACAGCUCGCCGCCGGCCUCCCCGCGCAGCAGCUCCUUCUCGUCGCCACACGCGCCGGCCGUGUCGUUCUACGCCACCUCGCCGCCGCCGCAACCGAGCGGCUCGUCGUCAUCGGCGCCCACGAGCAGGGAGCUGCCGGCCACGGUGUCGCUGGGGUCGUCCAUCUCCUCGUCCCUGUCCACCAAUGAUGUGGUCAUCCACGACAAGCUCUCCAACUCCGGUGGGCCGCAGAGCCCCACCAAGGCCGGGAUCAUCCCUGUGCAGCCGGGUAAGUUGUCCGCGUUCAUCUCCAGCCAAGCUACAGCCGAGCUAUCCAAAGGCCAGACGAAAUCGUCGCCCAAGACCGAGGAACCCCGGCCCUCCCGGCGUUCCGUUCUCGACAAGAAGAAGACAAAGACGCUGCCUUCGCUCGAUCAGGCCAUGCUCCAGUCACAGAUCAACGACCCGUACGGCAUGGGCGUGUCGACCUAUUUCCGCACGAUGAACAAUCUCCUGCACGCCCUGGAGCUCAAGGACGACGCCAUCCACCAAGUCGAGGACCUGAUCACCAGGCACCGAUACAUUCCCUCGCUGGAGGAGAAGAAGCUGAUGCAGCCCAUUCCGCUCCAAGCCCAGAACAGGCUCGAGAAAGUGGUGGAGGACUUGACCGAGUUCAUCAAGGUGCAGCACAGGCUGCGGCAGAUCAUCAAAAUUCAGGCCGUCACCCGCGGCUACCUCGCACGCAAACAAUUCAAGGAAUUCAGCGAGCUGUACGUUCGAGGCCCGCUCAAGGCGCGUAACGAGGCCUUCAAGGAGCUGCUCAGGCGAGAGAAGCAAUACGUCGCCAACCUCCAGCUGAUCGUAAAGGAGUACAUGAAGCCGCUGAAGGAGAACACCAAGGGCUACAGGGCCUUGUGCACCGACAAGGAAGUGAUGACCAUCUUCGGCAACGCGCUGCUCACGGUCCACAGCGAGAUGCUGCACCAGCUGGAGAUCAUCCAGGGCCGGUGCCCCCAGUACGACGGCCUCGGCGAGGUCUUCCUCACCAUGGCACCGUUCUUCAAGGCCUAUGGCGACUAUGUAAAUAAUUUCCAGAACGGAGUCAACACGCUCCUGGAGUGCAAGGAAAAGGAUAGGUUUGCGUCGUUCAUCGACGAGAUCUAUGUCGAGCUUCAGAAGCGAAAUGUGUAUGUGGACCUGCACGGCCUCUUGUCCACGCCGCUCAACCACAUCGCCGGCUACGAGACCCUCAUCAUGGUACGCCCACUUGCUCUUCCUGUUUCACGCCGUUGA